UUCCGCCUGCGCUGGGCCGCUCGGCGGCGGCGGCCGGGAGAGUCGGCAACCGAGUCCGCACUGGCGGGCCGCGCGGCCGGGCGAGGGGGGCCAUGGAGCUGGAGCCCGAACUGCUGCUGCAGGAGGCCCGCGAGAACGUGGAGGCGGCGCAGAGUUACCGGCGGGAGCUGGGCCAGCGCCUGCUGGGGCUGCGGGAGGCGCGGAGGCAGAUCAAAGAGAGUGCAUCACAGACAAGAGAUGUCCUCAAACAGCAUUUUAAUGACUUGAAGGGAACCCUAGGAAAGCUUCUGGAUGAGAGAUUGGUGAGCCUCCUGCAGGAGGUGGACAGCAUCGAACAGGAGACCAUCAAACCCCUCGAUGACUGCCAGAAGCUUAUAGAGCACGGAGUCAAUACCGCGGAGGACUUGGUGCAUGAAGGAGAGAUCGCCCUCCUUGGUGGCGUCGGAGAACACAAUGAAAAACUCUGGAGCUUUACCAAAAAGGCUUCACACAUUCAGCUGGAUAGCUUACCAGAGGUGCCUUUACUGGUUGAUGUGCCCUGUUUAUCGGCUCAGUUGGAUGACUCGAUUCUUAACAUAGUAAAAGACCACAUUUUUAAGCAUGGAACCGUAGCAUCUCGCCCACCAGUACAGAUAGAAGAACUGAUAGAGAAACCUGGAGGUAUCAUAGUCCGAUGGUGUAAGGUGGACGAUGACUUUACAGCCCAAGACUACAGGCUCCAGUUCCGCAAAUGCACGGCCAGUCACUUUGAGGACGUGUACGUCGGCUCGGAGACGGAGUUCAUUGUGCUGCACAUAGACCCCAAUGUGGACUACCAGUUCCGAGUGUGUGCCCGGGGAGAUGGCCGGCAGGAGUGGAGUCCGUGGAGCGUCCCCCAGACGGGCCACUCCACCCUGGUGCCACAUGAGUGGACCACUGGCUUUGAGGGGUACAGUCUGAGCAGCCGAAGAAACAUAGCCCUCCGGAACGACUCGGAAUCGUCAGGGGUUCUCUACUCCAGUGCUCCAACUUAUUUCUGCGGGCAGACCUUAACUUUCAGAGUGGAAACUGUGGGACAGCCAGACAGAAGAGACAGUAUCGGAGUGUGUGCAGAAAAGAGGAACGGCCAUGAGUCCCUGCAGCGGGAUCAGGCGGUGUGCAUUAGCACCAAUGGUGCAGUUUUUGUAAAUGGAAAAGAAAUGACUAAUCAGUUGCCUGCAGUUACUUCUGGAUCCACUGUCACAUUUGACAUUGAAGCUGUGACUCUAGGGUCCAUCAAUAAUAGUGAAGGUGGAAACUUUAAACUUCGAGUAACUAUUAGCUCAAAUAACAGGGAAGUAGUUUUUGAUUGGUUACUUGAUCAAACUUGCGGUUCACUUUACUUUGGAUGCUCGUUUUUCUAUCCUGGAUGGAAGGUGUUGGUGUUCUAGAUUUUUGGAUUUUUGAGUGGAUGUCUUUGACUUAAAGAGUUUCACUGUAGCUGCCCUUGGCCCAAUUUUAUGAUAAUUGAUUUUAAAAUGAUUAGAUUCAUCUCUCAGUUAAGCCAUGGGAAUGGAAAGUGUUUACUGGAUAUAUUUUGGUUAUCUUUUUGGGUCACACUCAGCAGUGCUCAGGGGUUCUUCCUGGCUCUGCACUCAGGAGUUACUCCUGGCAGUGUUCAGGGGACCAUAUGGGAUACCUGGGAUUGAGCCCGGGUGCAAGGCAAAUGCCUUACCCUCUGUACUGCCACUCUGGCCAUAUUUUGGUAUCUUUUCAGUAAGAGACUUGAAUAUUGUGGACAGAACCAUCAUACCAUCAUAUUCAUUUGUUUGUGUAGUGGUCAUUGCAAUUUAAUAAUAAAAAUUAAUUUGACAGAGUGUGAAGAGAUGCAGAGAAGCCUAUACCCUUCCCGUGCACUUCUUUUUUGCACUUCUUUUUAAAAUUGGGUCUUAGAAUAGAAAAAUUUGAUGUAGCAUUUAAAAAAAAAAUCUCUAUUUUUAAGGAGCCAAGGCCAUGUAAUGCAACAGGAGUAGACUAGCAAGAAAGAAGACAGAGUAUUGAGUGUGCUUGUCCAGGUAUUUGUAAGCAGUGUUGGAUUUUAUCACAUGUUCAGUAAUUCUGAAGUCUCAAACACAUGAUUUUUACAUUGUUUUGGUUUAGUUUGGUAGCCACACCUAGUGGUGCUCAGGGAUUACCCCUAGUGGGGCUCAGGGGACCAUGUGGGGUGCCAGGGGUCAAACCUGGGUCAACUGCAUUAAGGCAAGUGCCUUACCCACUGUAUUACCUCUCUAGCUCCAGAAGUUGUUUAAAAUUGACCGAAUAUCGAAGUGGGCAAUGUGUUCUUUUGUUUUCACAUUGAUUUAGGAUAGGCUAGUGGGGCUCCACGAGAUACAGCUACUUGGCAAAGGCUGCUGCACAGUGUUGGUGGUUCCCACACACAGAGCCGGCCUUGGUGGCGCAUAGGUCACUCUUCAUGGGCAGGGCUGAGUCCAGUUUAAUGUCAGUUUUUUUCAGUGGUCUUUAGUGGACCAAACAAAUAAAGGGUGAUUACUUGACCUAUUUCUUUAAAGUUUAAAUUUGUUUAAAAUAUUUAUUCAAAGGACACAGCUUAUAAAAGGUGAUCGUAACUGCUAUACCCGCCAUCAGAUUUUUUUUUAAUGUGAAUUAUUUUUUUCAUUUUUACCGAGAAAAGUAGAAAAGCAAGUUUGAUAUUUUUGUAAGAUAAUUUAUUUAGGGACUCAGAGUCCCUGUUAGACAAUCAUGACCUUUCCCCUUGCCUUAUAUAUGUAUAUAUAAAUAUAUGUUGUCUUUCACUUGUUUAGGUGAUGUUAAGAUAUGCUAGAAUGUAGAUGCCUUGUCCAACUGUCUGAAAUGAAAUAAAAG